CUCCCCUAUUCGUUGUUCAUCCCAAAAUUCGCGGGCGGGGCUAUCCUCUGCUUCUCUCGAUCCUGCCCUUCCCGCCUACAUUCAUCCCAUCCCAUAGCUCCCUCUCAGAGACGUCUGGGUGUCCGCUUGCUCAGACUCUUUUCCUUGCAUUGAGUAGACUCGCCUGACGAACGGUUUUUAGUAUCCUCCCUUACCGUUCUCGCGUUUCAGUUCCCAUCCACGGAACAUGUGUUACUUCGAUUACGCUCGACAGCAGCAGACGAUAUUCGAAAGCCACCUACCAUCAAGGUCACCUCGGGUUUCCAGCGAUUUCAAAGGAUGCAGCAACUGUAGCUCGGAGAACUUGACAGAGACGCUCAGCCAGUCAAGAGGAAGCCAAGACCCAUGGAGCACGGGAGUCUUCGGUCAGCUUCGCACCUCAUUUUCGUCGACCUGUCUCGAAGGCAGCGAUGCGGAAGAUUGCUACACCGCGAGAUUUGAAAACGAUUCGGACGAUUCGUACCUUGAGGAGGAGCUCUUUGAAUCCCCAGGUUCCACGGGGCUAGCGACGUCGCGGUCGAUAUUUGGCGACGACCUCUGCGCGAGCUGUUCGCGGAGGGUAGCUGAUCUGGCAUGCGAUCCCGUUUGGGUUGACGAUGCGCGGUCGCGGAUCAAGGAGGCAGCUUUGGCGGUCGUCGAGGCGCAGCAGGCGGCCGUGGAGCUGAGCGCGCGGGCGGACUCGGCGCACUACGAAUCGGAACGACCUGCUUCCCACUCCGCCAACGCCUCCCUCCGUUUCAGCCGGAACGAACCGUUCCCAGCCGCUACGACCGCUCAAGAUGCCGCUGAAGCUCCCACCCCUCGCAGCAAGGCCCGCAGCGCGUGGUUCUCAGUGGGCCGAUCUAGUGUUUCUGAGCAGCAAGAUGGGGAUCGAGGCAGCAGGGCGGAACGGAUCAAUAGCACGAGGCGGCGACCUCAGAUCCCCAAGGUCAGCAGCGAGCUCCGCAUUUGCGUCGGGACUAUGGUGAAGUCGUGGUGCCGUAGUUCAACAAACUAGACAUUGAGGGCUGUCAGGCUAGCGAUUCUCUUCCUGCUAUCACAAGCAUAAUAACCUUCGGUUCAUGUACCCUAUUACAUUUAUUGUAU